AUGACUUCUUCUGCUUCAGCUUUUUCCACCAUUUUAUUACUUCGUAAAAUAAGCGAUUUCUGCUGCGCCACCCCUCCUCGUGUCUUUAACCAUUCCCCCAAACCUCACGUUUCUUCAUUUCAUCGUCUGCACAAAGUUUCCCUACGAGUUACAAAUGACUCAAGUAGAACUGAUGUGUCCCCUGAUGAAACCUCUCAAAGAUCAGAGGCCGACAAGCUCGUAGACGGUAUGGACUUUGGUGAACUUUGUAACGAGUUUGAGUGCAUCAGCAGUCCCUCGAUUGAAGCUACAGCAAGACAACUUGUUCGUGACAUCCUAGAACUUCGCGAAGGCAAUCGUGCUCUAGGGACCUUUGCCGUUUCUGUCAAAUAUAAGGAUCCAGUUAGAAGUUUUACUGGUCGAGAGAAGUACAAGAGACAAUUGUGGGCAACCAAUGCUCUAGACAAUCCCACAGUUAGUGUGCAGCAGAUGGUGAUGCUAUCAACUAGUGUAUUAAAUAUCAAUUGGACAAUAAAAGGGAAGCCUAAAUCACCACUUUUCAGUCUUGGAGGAGACUUGAUAGUGAAAGUGAACUCCAAGUUUACUCUGAAUCAGAUAAGUGGACAAGUGAUCGAGCAUGAAGAAUCCUGGGAUUUGUCAGCUUCGUCUCUCAAUGCUCAAGCGUACUUCUGGACAUCACGAAGGCUCUUUUCUACAGUCGAGGCUGGAAAAGAUGUUGGAGAUUUCGUUAAAGACCUCAAGAACCGUGUUACUACAGAGAAUAAGAAUUUGGAGAUCUAUCCAGACCCUUCUGGUGAUCCAACAAAGUUUUUCCAGAGAGAUGACGGAUUCCAAAGAGAUGUAUACCAGAUUGCACUAUUUCUUGCAGUUCUCUAUUUUGUUGUACAGUUCUUGCGGACAACCUUGUAA